CGAGUGCCCACCGUGGGGGCGGUGCACCCCCGCAGCGGUGGGGGUCCCGGGUGCCCUCUGGGGGUCGCGCAGCGCCGUGCCCCUCCCCGGGCGGCCCAGCCUUGUUCCUCGGGAUCCUUUUCCGCCUCCGCGGGGCCGCAGCCAGCGCUCGGCAAAUAAACAUCCCCCGCCGGGCCCCGCGCCAGCGCUUAAAUAAACAGCCGGGCCCCGUUGUGAAACCCGCGGCCCCCUCCCCACCGCCUCCCCCCCCCCGCGUGGGGCGCAGCGCUCUGGCCGUGCCCGCAGCUGAGCCCCGACGCGAUCGGUGCACGCAGCCGUGGUGAUGUGGGACGUCCUCGGGGAACCCCGCGUCCCCCCCCCCGACGUCACCCUGUGCACUCUGUCCCCGUGCCGUGGGAUUCAGGUGUGAGGCCCGGGGCUGCCCCGCGUUCUGGCCCCCCCUAAGCCCCCCCCGGGCCGCUAAGCCGGGAUGAGCGCAGUGCCCGCAGUGGUGCCGCUAAUCAGAGGAUUGCGGUAAUCUGUGGGGCAGCGCCGGGCACCGCUGUGCCCCCCCGGGCUUUGGGGUGGGGAAACUGAGGCACGGGGCAGCGCUGGGUUCGGUGCCCCAUUUUAACCCCUUCUCUCUGCUCCCCCCGCAGCGCCCGGAGCCGCUCCGUGCCAGGACAGCCCCAUGCUCUGCUCGGCCCCCGCGCCCCCCGCCUGAGUGCCCCCCAGUGCCGGAGGCCCCGCCAUGGCCAGCAACAGCAGCUCCUGCCCCACGCCCGGGGGGGGGCACCUGAACGGCUACCCCGUCACCCCCUACGCCUUCUUCUUCCCCCACAUGCUGGGGGGGCUCUCCCCGCCCAGCUCACUGCCCGGCAUCCAGCACCAGCUGCCCAUCAGUGGCUACAGCACGCCUUCACCUGCCACCGUGGAGACGCAGAGCACCAGCUCAGAGGAGAUCGUGCCCAGCCCGCCCUCCCCACCGCCGCUGCCGCGCAUCUACAAGCCGUGCUUCGUCUGCCAGGACAAAUCCUCGGGGUACCACUACGGCGUCAGCGCCUGCGAGGGCUGCAAGGGCUUCUUCCGCCGCAGCAUCCAGAAGAACAUGGUGUACACGUGCCACCGGGACAAGAACUGCAUCAUCAACAAGGUGACGCGCAACCGCUGCCAGUACUGCCGCCUGCAGAAGUGCUUCGAGGUCGGGAUGUCCAAGGAGUCCGUCCGCAAUGACCGCAAUAAGAAGAAGAAGGAUGUGCCGAAGACGGAGUGCUCAGAGAGCUACAUCAUCACCCCUGAGGUGGAGGAGCUGAUCGAGAAGGUCCGCAAAGCGCACCAGGAGACGUUCCCUGCACUGUGCCAGCUCGGCAAAUACACCACGAACAACAGCUCGGAGCAGCGCGUGUCGCUGGACAUCGACCUGUGGGACAAGUUCAGUGAGCUGUCCACAAAGUGCAUCAUCAAGACGGUGGAGUUCGCCAAGCAGCUGCCAGGCUUCACCACGCUCACCAUCGCCGACCAAAUCACGCUGCUGAAAGCCGCCUGCCUGGACAUCCUGAUCCUGCGGAUCUGCACGCGCUACACCCCCGAGCAGGACACCAUGACCUUCUCAGACGGGCUGACGCUGAACCGCACGCAGAUGCACAACGCCGGCUUUGGGCCGCUCACAGACCUGGUGUUCGCCUUCGCCAAUCAGCUGCUGCCGCUGGAGAUGGACGAUGCUGAGACCGGGCUGCUGAGCGCCAUCUGCCUCAUCUGCGGGGACCGCCAGGACCUGGAGCAGCCUGACAAGGUGGACAAACUGCAGGAGCCGCUGCUGGAGGCACUGAAGAUCUACGUGAGGAAGAGGCGGCCCAACAAACCCCACAUGUUCCCCAAAAUGCUGAUGAAGAUCACAGAUCUCCGCAGCAUCAGCGCCAAGGGCGCCGAGCGGGUGAUCACACUGAAGAUGGAGAUCCCAGGCUCGAUGCCGCCGCUCAUCCAGGAGAUGCUGGAGAACUCGGAGGGCAUGGACACGCUGGGGGGGCAGCCGGGUGGUCCCCGCACAGGAGGUUUGGGGCCCCCCCCGGGCAGUUGCAGCCCCAGCCUCUCGCCGAGCUCCACGCGCAGCAGCCCGGCCACGCACUCGCCGUGACCCACGCCCUGCGUGCACCAGGACACAGCUUGAGGGGGGGUCCAUCUGCAGCCCCCCCGGGGCGGACUCCUCGCAGCCCCCCCCCGGCACAGCCCCGGGACCCCCACCGGAGCGGACCCAGUGGGAGCGGCGCUGCCCCCCGGCCCUCCCCACCCCGGGGCACUGCAGUGCUUUGGUUGAUUCACAUUUCAGGGGCGCGGGGGCCCCCGGGACGCCUCCCUCCCCCACCCCCCCGGCCCCACCAGCACCAGCACAAACGGGACCGCGACCGCCGCCAUCGCCCCGGCCCGGCCCGGC